CCCCCCUUCGCGACACACUUUCCCCCCCCGCGUGCGCAAUACCCUCCUGACCCCUCUUGCCCUCAGGCCAUCCACCCUUUCCCCCAGAGACCUCAGCCUCUGUCCGUUGUGCAUCCUCGGAUGUCUGCUGUACAUUCUUAGAUAGCACUUCCCUUGUCUGACGUGAGUCCCCAACUUCAACGUCUCCACCCGACCUCUUUUUCCCUUCCUCCCGAGGUCUCUCUGUCAGCACUUCCCCCUUCCCUGACAUCGCUUGAGCUGCCGACUCAUCCCCUCCCGUCGACAACUCAUCCAUCCCACCGCCCUUAGAACCACCACCACCCCUGUGGUCCGAGUGCCCAACCCUCCCUUCAUCGCUGUUCACUUCCCCCCCCUCACCUCUCUGUGCCAUGGGAAGAACACACCGCAAGCGGUGCGCUCACCGCGGGGAGCACGCGACAUCAGCUUACACGAGCUAAUUGCGCCGCUUCCUCUGUAGACUAUCUACCUAAUUGCGCCGCUUCACUUUCUCUCCAACUCUCUCUCUCUCUCUCUCUCUCUCAACUAACUGCAAUUCCCUCAUAAGCUCAUCAUUCCAACCAUAAAUCAACACCUUCUCAAUUCUAGUCUCCACCUCAUACUCUUUCUUGACCUUCAACUCCAUCACGCCUUUAAUAUAUAUAGUCUACUGCGAUUAAACUACCCCAAGUCUUCUUACACUGACCAAAACUAGGGUUGACUUAUUGCACGACAUUCGCCCUCCCCAGGUUCAACGCAUACUUAUCUGCGAUCAGUCUCGUUUGAAUUAACACUUGACCACAACGUGCAAUGCUUGACCUACAACCAAUAUCAUUCUCUUGCAACAAGUCCGAACAGUAACCACCAGAAUCAACUCAUGUAAUACACACACCUCAAUUUCGUCACGACCGUGGUACCACUGCAAUACGGCUCCAUCACAAGGUACAUUCUUUAGCCAAAACAACAAUUGCUCAAACACAUUAAUUUUGACCCGUAUUCGACUGCACCACUUGGCACACUUUUCCGCAGUCCUACGCACUUCAA